AUGCAGAAACGUCCUGUACUUGUAACCGAAGAUGACGUCAAAUCAUUGAUUGAAUGGAAUCCAUUGUUUGAUGCCAUAAAGGGAGUCAUGAUGGAUGUUUCUCUUAAAUCCAAUUCUACGGAUAAUUUAAUCGUACAACCAGCAAGAAGUUUUAUGAAAAUCCCUCAUAAAAAUGCCGUCAUGUUGAUGAUGCCCGGUUUAAGUGAACGAAACAAAGUAUUGUCAUGUAAAAUCGUCACAUCGUUUGUCGACAAUCCAUCAAAAUAUAAUUUACCCAGCAUAAUGGCGAACGUUUUCGUUUUCGAUACUCAUACUGGUAAGUUAAAAGCAGUUUUGGAAGGUACAACAAUCACAGAAUGGAGAACGGCUGCUGCUUCUGCGGUUGCCACUCAUUAUUUAAAACCUGAGGCUGGUAAAAAUGAGACUUUAGCUGUUAUAGGAGCAGGUGCACAAGGUAGAAUUCACAUAAUUGCAUUUAAACAUUUUUUCAAUUUUAAAAAAGUUAAUUUAUGGAACAGAACGCAUAGUAAAGCCUUAAAAUUGGCCGAAGAUCUUAAAAAUCAAUAUGAUAUUGACAUUGAAGUAUUUGAUAAUAUCGAUGAUUGCGUGAGAGAUGCUGAUGUUAUUGUUACGGCGACAUAUUCAUCAAAUCCUUUACUCAAAUUAAAUCAAAUAAAAAAAAAUGUUAUUAUUAACGCCAUUGGUGCAGGUAUCAAACAUCACUGCGAAUUAGAUGAUAGUAUAUAUGAAAAAAGUUCAAUUUAUACGGAUUCUAUGGAAAAUGCCAGGGUAGAAUUAAAAGGAUUGAUUGAAGAAGGUUAUCCCGUGUUAGGUGAAAUCGGAGAAAUAAUAAUUGGAAAAAAGGAAAUUGUUAAAAAUGACGUCAUCAUAUUUCAUUCAUUAGGAAUGGGUUUGGAAGAUGGCGUUACAGCACGUUUAAUAUUGGAAAAAUAUUCAAAAAAUAAUUAA